AUGGUUAAACAAGAAGACUUUGCUGUAGAGCAAUUUAUGGAUAAAUUUGAGACUGAAAUUGAAUGGAACAUGGCAGAGACAUGUACUGCUUCACUUAGUUUCAAUGAGUUGUUUCAGUUGAUCCCCGACAAGUCAGUAUCGGAACCACUUCAACAGAAACUAUUUGAUACAAAGCUAACCUAUGGCCAUAUAAAAGGAUCUCCGGAAUUAAAGCAAGCCGUCGCCCAAUUGUAUAACGAUGAAGGAGGGUCAAUUACCACCAGCGACAUAGUUAUCACCAAUGGAGCCAUUGGUGCAAAUUUUUUGACAUUGUAUGCCCUAGUUGACCAUGGUGAUAAAGUGGUUGUAGUAAAUCCGACGUACCAACAGCUAGCAUCAGUUGCAAGAGUUUUUUCGGGAGCUCCAGAAAACAUUAUUUCCUGGAACUUAAAUUUUGAGGACAAUUAUUUACCAAAUUUAGACGAAUUGCAAAACUUGGUUGAUGUUCAUGAACCCAAGCUUCUUAUAAUCAACAACCCUAAUAAUCCAACCGGAGCCGUGUGGGGCCACUUGAUUAUGGACAAAAUUGUUAAAAUCUGUUCUACUAAAGGCAUCUACAUUUUGUGUGAUGAAGUGUAUCGGCCAUUGUAUCAUUCUACUGACGAUAAACCCAAAUCGAUCGUCAAUUACAACUACGAAAAAACAGUUUCCACUUCCUCCACAUCCAAAGCGUUUUCAUUGGCUGGUCUUAGAUUAGGGUGGGUUGUCACCAAAGAUCAAGAUGUCAUCCAAAAGCUUUAUUCGAAACGUGACUACAAUACGAUUUCUGUUUCUACUAUAGAUGAUAUGCUUGCCACAGUCGCUCUAACAAACUACAAACACAUUCUUGCCCGAAGCUACAAUAUAUGCGAAACCAAUUUAAAAAUCUUGGAAGCGUACAUUGAAAGCACCCCGUUGUUGUCGUGGGUCAAACCUAAAGGUGGGUCCACGUGCUUUGUAAAAGUGAAUAUCGACAAUAUCGACACAAUGGAGAUGUGUGUUGAGUUAGUUGAGAAAUACAAAAUAUUAGUUGUUCCUGGAGAGGUUUUUGAUAAUAGAAAGGGGUACUUGAGAAUCGGAUUUGGUAACAGUACUCAAGACAUCAAGCAAGGUCUAAUUCGUUUGUCGGAAUAUUUCAAGUCCAAGGGGUACUGA